CACUCAUUGUCGACGACUCCAUAUCCUGCAGCGCCCGACCGCUCAUAGAGUGCCGCACAACUCGUAUGGCGAUCUUGACAUCGGCACAACACUCGCGAGACAGCGUUCUUGGCACUCUUGCUACUGUGUUCGACAUGGGACACAGAGACCUCCCUUACAUCAACAAUUUUGUCCCCGAAAUCGCAUCUCCCACUUGCACUGAAUGCGUUGUGGAUUGCCAUGAUGCGGCGUGCGCGGCGCAAUGUACGGACCAGUGCGUCAUCGUCGCUUGCGACGAUCCAAACCAUAGCGGUAUGCCAUGCAUGGGCGACAAGUGCGAUGCUCUGUGUGAUGCGGAUCCCAAUUGCUCAUUUUCCCAAGAAAUCCCUGAUGGCCAUCAGAGCUAUCCUUCCAUUCUGCACCCAGACCACCCGUAUGCAUACGACGAAAGUCUCGAAGCGUUUCUGUGUUCUUGUGGGGACAUAUUUUCCAACGACGAGGCCAACAUGGCUGCUGUCUCAGCGAUGGAUGGGGCCCAGUCACAAACAUAUCCAUCUUCUGUGUUCUCAACGCCUUCAGGAUCUCAGUCUCUCUCUUCUGCUUUGUCGUCCCCUCCUUCCAUAUUCAAUCAGGCACCUCCCUUCCAACCCCAAUCCUUUAUCCCUCAGACCCAGUCGAACACGGUGACAUGCAUGUGGAACAAUUGCCAUGCGAACUUCUCGUCGCUUCCUGACCUCGUGGGACACGUAAAUGUGCAGCAUUUGCGCCUACAGCCAGUCCAGUCGCCCACCUCUUUGGCCACGCCCAGUUCGAAUCCAUUCGAUUUGAAGGAGCUGUCGUGUCAAUGGGACGAUUGCAGUGACUAUCCCUCUGCCCAUGCCAUCCCUGGUUCUUCUCAAGGGACUUCUAUUGAUGAAGCUCUGAACGUGCUCGUUAACCACCUUCUUCAUGAUCAUCUUGGCCUCCAACAGCCCCCUUCCCCAAUGUUGGCGCUCCUGCCGCCUCCGUAUUCGGCAGACCACCAUUUUCAUGCCCAAUCUUCUGCGCAAGACUACGCAUCGACAUUCCCGACCACUUCACACGCAUCCACGUCAGGUCCCGUAUCGGCUAUGCAUCCUCCUCAUCUUGCAGAUUGCGAAGAAUGUGCCGUUACCGCGCAUAUAUGCCACUGGCUCGGCUGUAAUAAUGUCUUCGAAAGCACCGACGAGUUGACGAUGCACGUCAACACAACCCAUAUCGGCAGUGGCAAGGCCCAUUAUGAUUGUUAUUGGGAAGGGUGCGCACGCAAUGGGGACAAGGGGUUCUCGAGCAAACAGAAAAUAUGUCGGCACGUCCAGAGCCAUACAGGGCAUCGACCGUUUGAGUGCAGUACUUGCAAGCAGACCUUCUCGGAGGCAGCGACACUACAACAGCAUAUGCGUCGUCAUACCCAAGAAAAACCCUAUGUGUGCGACCAUCCGGGCUGCGUCAAGGCAUUCGCAAUAGCCGGUGCGCUGACAAUACACAAGCGCAUCCAUAACGGGCACAAACCCUUCAGAUGCACGUACUGCGAUCGCGCGUUCUCAGAGUCGUCGAAUCUGUCAAAACAUUUGCGCACGCACACCGGAGUACGCCCAUACGUAUGCAGCGAAGCAGGCUGUGCGAAGGCGUUUUCGCGGCCUGAUCAAUUAGCUCGGCAUGUGCGGAUACACAAAAAAUAGCCCACGCUCCCUGUUGGAUCUGUGGACGUUACACACAAAGUCGCGGCGUUGCGCUCACUCUGUAAUUGCAAGUCAAGAUGGAAUCAUGACAAAUGCACAG